AUGACUCCACUCCCUCACAUAUCAACGCGUACUAAGAUUCAUACAGGAGCUCAGUUUUCUCUGGAAGAUGAGAACAAAAGAACUAGGACCGCCUACACGAGAGGGCAACUCCUUGAGCUGGAGAAAGAGUUCCACUUCAACAAGUACAUCUCUCGGCCCCGUCGCAUCGAGCUGGCCGCCAUGCUGAGCCUGACCGAGCGACACAUCAAAAUCUGGUUCCAGAACCGGCGGAUGAAGUGGAAGAAGGACGAAGCCAAAAGACGACCGCUCCCCAAUCCGGCGUCUGAAGGGGGGGAUUCCCCCGGCACUCCCCCGUCCCUGGGCGACGAGUUGGAAGCGGAGGAGUCGAAAGACGGCGUCAAAGUGAAAUGCGUCCCCGGGACGGACGAGAAAUGCCGGAAUUCCUCCAGCGGGGGAAGCAAGUCAGGGAGUUCCAGUGAUAAUUCUAGGGUAAAGACAAACUUUAAUCAACAAGUAAUUAAAACAGAUCCAGGUAGACUUGAAUUUAGUGGUAAAUAA